ACAGUGCUCCAAAAUAUAGUGGAUUAAAAAUUAUUAAAAUACUUCAGACUUUUGGAUUUUAAGUUUCGCCAGAGUUUAUAGUUUAUUUUUUUUGUUUUCCAUGUUUUACAAGAAAAAAAAUUAAAGUUUAACUGUAGCUACUAAAACUUAUUUCAUUGUGUCGUUAUUAUUCCGAUCUGCACGAGCUCGUUGUCAGUUUGACACCUAUGCGUCUUUGAAACUGCCAUGGCAAAAGACGACUCAGGAGUUCUCCAUCAUUUCGAAGAUCUAAUUCGUCAUUACAAUAACGAGGAUUUUGAAAAAGCCUUGCGCAGUAGCAACGCCAUCCUAAAAGAGCUGCCAGGGGAUGCCAAAGCGCAACAGUGUAAAGCCGUUUGCUUGAUUCAGCUGUCCAAAUUUGCUGAGGCUCUAGACACCAUCAAGCAGCUCCCGGAUCAGAGCGGUGCCAACAUUCUGUUGUGGAAAACCUACGCGCUCUAUCGGACUAAUCAGUAUGCAGAAAUUAUUAAUCUGUUCAGUCAGCAUCACGGCGAGCUGCCGUUGGAGCUCAAGGAACUCAAAGCUCAGACGCUGUACAAGCUGGAACGCUACGAAGAAUCCUUGGAGCUCUACAAAGAACUGCUGAAGAAACAACGUGAUGAUCUGGAUUCGGAGCGACAGUGCAAUUAUUUGGCGGUCCUUACGCAGUUGCAGACGCUGAAAGGAGGGAAUGUGGGAAAUUUUACUCCGUCCGCAUUCGAGACGUACGAAUUGUUUUUCAACGCGGCCGCUCUGGAUAUGGCCAAGGAUUACGCUGACGCUGAGCAGAAGCUGCGCAAAGCCGAGGCCUUAUUCCGCACCACCGCCGAAGAGGACAAGUUAUCCGCUCACAAAGUCAAAUCUGAAUUGUGUACGAUUAAAUCCCAGCUGCUGCAGAUCCAACUGCAGAAAGUGCGUAAAACCCCGCUUGAGAAACCCGUGGGAUUUAACGUGGAAGCCAUUGAGAAUAAUUUCCUGAAUCAGUUUGCUAAACUGAAGAAGAAGCCCAAGAAGGAGACCGAAGUGGCGUCGCCCAAAGGGAAGCCCACGGGUAAAGCGGUGGCCGGUGGUGAUAUUAAGAAGAAGAAGCGCAAGCGUAAGCCGCGUUUGCCCAAGAAUUUCGAUCCCACCGUCAAGCCCGAUCCCGAGCGCUGGUUGCCCAAGCAUGAGCGCUCCACAUACAAGAAGAAGAAGGUGAAGGGCGGUAAUGUGAUGAAAGGCACGCAGGGCUCGACAGCAGCGGAGGCCAUCCCGUCCGGACCCGCUACACCCAAGGCGCAACACACCCAGGCCGCCAGCCAGCCAGCGGGACCCCGCCAGACCAAGCCGCAAGCUGCCGCUAAGAAGCAAGCCAAGAAAAGACGCAAGUAGUUUUAUCGCAUUCUGUUUUUGAUUUUAUGUUUGGCAUGCAACCCGGCAAUUCCAGAUUUAUUUUGACAUUUCGCAGCAGAUGUGGAUCGCGUAAGAUUAAAUUCCAGAUUGUUUCACUCGCAUGCGUUUAUAACUUCAUAGCGGGCUGUUCAUAUAUCACUUGAAUAAAUUUGUUUUGUAGUUCGUACAUACUUCGUUCUAAGUGGUUCUGGACGAUAAAAGACACCGCGUA